GCUUUUUGUUCUUUGGAACAGUUUAUAAAAUCAAAGUGCCUCGGAAGCCGCUGCAAUUGCCCUGCAAGCUUCACGGGGUCCAAUUACCUUGUCAUUCUAAUUGCUCCGCCACAUCUGUGAAGCUGGACUGACUUCGCGUCGGAAAAGCGGUGAGGUUUGUUGAGCUUCAUAAAAAGUUGUUUUGCCGGUUUGAUUACUCUAGCUCCCGCACCUUCUCCGUACCUUACCGUGCUAAGCAUUCCCCCUUUCAACUCCGAUUUUCUUGCAGAACUCAGCAACUUCUCGAUGUUAACCAUGGCAUCCGUUCCUCCUGUCUACAUUGUCUCUGCCGUCAGGACUCCAAUUGGAUCCUUUUUAGGUUCCCUUUCGAGCCUCAACGCCACUCAAUUGGGCGGAAUUGCGAUCAAAGCUGCCAUUGAACGUGUCCCAGAAAUCAAGCCCGAGCAAGUCGAGGAGGUAUUCUUUGGCAAUGUCUUGUCUGCGAAUCUCGGUCAGAACCCGUCUCGCCAGUGUGCAAUUGCUGGAGGAUUGUCCGAAUCCACCGUGUGCACAACAGUCAACAAAGUCUGCGCUUCAGGCUUGAAGGCAAUUAUCCUCGGCGCCCAAACUAUCAUGACUGGCAAUGCCGACAUUAUUGUGGCUGGUGGCACCGAAUCAAUGUCCAACACACCGCAUUACCUCCCCAACCUUCGAACUGGGGCAAAAUAUGGUGACCAAACCUUGGUUGAUGGUGUUCUGAAGGAUGGCUUGACAGACGCAUAUGGCAAGAAAGAGCACAUGGGCAUGGCUGCAGAGGAGUGCGCUGUUGACCACAGUGUUACCAGAGAACAACAGGACGACUACGCCAUCAAGUCGUAUCAAAAGGCCCAAAAAGCUACUGAAACUGGAACUUUCAAGACAGAGAUUGUGCCAGUCGAAGUCAGCGGGGGCCGUGGCAAACCGAACAUCAAGGUCGACAAGGACGAUGAAGUGAAGAAUCUCAAUAUUGAGAAACUGAAGGCUAUGAGACCAGCCUUCCUUCCCAGCGGUGGAACCGUCACAGCUCCAAAUGCGGCUCCUCUGAAUGAUGGAGCUUCAGCACUCGUUCUUGUUUCCGAGGCUAAGUUGAAGGAACUUGGUCUUAAGCCAUUGGCUAAGAUUCUCGGGUGGGGAGACGCCGCUCAAAAGCCAAGCAAGUUCACUACUGCUCCGGCGCUGGCAAUUCCAAAAGCCAUCAAGCAUGCAGGGAUUGAUACAUCAAAGGUUGAUUUCUAUGAGAUCAACGAAGCCUUCUCCGUCGUUGCAUUGGCCAACAUGAAGCUUCUUGGAUUGGACGAGUCGAAGGUCAACGUCAACGGUGGUUCAGUUGCUAUAGGACAUCCACUCGGUUGCUCUGGUGCAAGAAUCACCACCACUUUGAUCAACGUAUUGAAACAACACAACGCAAAGAUCGGCGUUGUUGGUAUUUGCAAUGGCGGCGGUGGAGCUUCUGCGAUGGUCAUUGAGUCAUUACAAUAAUCAAUAAGUCUGCUUGUCAUCACUUACAUACCGCGUACCAGUAAUAAAGAAUUCCAUCAGAAGCUUGAAACUCCAUACUUUUCAAUGAAACCGGGGGUGGAUCCGGCGCCACUACAUGCAUCUCAAAUGGUAAUGGCGGACUGAAUCUUCUGACUGGAAGAAACUUCAAGUCACUGAUAAUCAAUGCUCAGCGAGGAGUGGAGUGGGAAGUGAGGGGAAAAUGGCAAAACUCUAGAAGAGAAACCGGGCGAACCGAUUUUUUUGUGAAACCUGCAACCUCAUGGAUCAACUUUAAUAAGUUUGGAUUUCUCUGUUCGCCCGGAGACUACUAAGGCUCUUUAUUUCUGAUCUUUGACGAGUCG